GUUAAAACAGUAUCUAGCGUGUCGGCUGAAAUGAAGGGGUACACAGGACCAGGUGUAUCAAAGCCGAUUGAAAACCCACGCACAGGGGUAAAACAGUAUCCAGCGUGUCGGCCAAAAAAGGGGUACACAGGACCGGUGUAUCGAAGUUGCAGAUAGCAGCGCAGUUAAAAUUGUGCAGCUGUCAGCAUGAGGUGGAAAUGGGGAUGGGGAGGACACUGUUG